GACAUAUUGAAUGAAUUACGAGAUGAAUAUGCAAUACCGACUUUAGAUCACUUACAACCGUGUUGUGAAAAGGCGAUACAAUAUGAAACGCAAUAUUCAAAUUUGUCUAGUAUAGAAAAAGUAAAAUUUAUGAUUAUAGCCGCGAGCCGUGGACAUUUGCAGUGUAUGCGUAUUUUCAAUCAACACGAAUACGAUUGGGACGAAUGUGCAUUAUGGCCGAACAAGCGUGGAUAUUUAAAACGCAAAAAUGCGUGUUUAGUAGCUGCGGAAAACGGAAAUCUGGAUUGUUUGCGGUACGCCAGAGAAAACGGUUGCCCGUGGGACAAAAAUGCGUGUUUAGUAGCUGCGGAAAACGGACAUUUGGACUGUUUGCGGUACGCCAGAGAAAACGGCUGCCCGUGGGACAAAGAGACGUGCGAAGCGUCCGCCGAAAACGGACAUUUGGACUGUUUGCGCUAUGCACACAAUAAUGGAUGUAUAUGGAACGAAUCAAUUAUUAAAAUUGCGGUAAAGAAUGGUCAUGUGGAAUGUUUAAAAUACGCCCACGAAGCCGGUCUCCUUACUGACAACGUGAUAGAUAUAGCGAUCCGAUACGGCAAAUUGGAAUGUCUGCGCUAUACACACGAUAUUGGUAUCAUGUCGUCGUGGUCAUUAAAUGCUAAAAUGUAUAAACCGAAUGCCACGAGUGUAGUACUCUCGUACUACACUUGUACACUUAAUUAUUUAAUGACGAAGUCCGACACGUGCGAAGCGUCCGCCGAAAACGGACAUUUGGACUGUUUGCGCUAUGCACACAAUAAUGGAUGUAUAUGGAACGAAUCAAUUAUUAAAAUUGCGGUAAAGAAUGGUCAUGUGGAAUGUUUAAAAUACGCCCACGAAGCCGGUCUCCUUACUGACAACGUGAUAGAUAUAGCGAUCCGAUACGGCAAAUUGGAAUGUCUGCGCUAUACACACGAUAUUGGUAUCAUGUCGUCGUGGUCAUUAAAUGCUAAAAUGUAUAAACCGAAUGCCACGAGUGUAGUACUCUCGUACUACACUUGUACACUUAAUUAUUUAAUGACGAAGUCCGACGUCUAGCUGCUGGGCUUGAUUGUAGAAAUAGUAUAAAAUAAAAGGUUUGCAAGAACAAAACUGAUAAUAUAAUUAUUAAAUUAUAUGUAUAUUUAAACAAUAAGUUAACAAAAAUAAAGUUUGAAGACAGAGGUUACUCUGCCUGAGAACUACGUGCAGUUAAGCUAAAGGUAAAAAUAAUUCUAACUAAAUGACUACUUAGUUACUAUAUUUAUAUAAAAGUAUG